UCUCACCGGAAGUACCGCGGGCUGGGACCUCCGGUGUGGAGCGGAUGUUCAGUGAUGUAAUUGUUGCUUCUCCAUCUAUGAGGCAGACAGGAGAGAGUUUCAAGCUUCUGGAUUUCUCCAUCCAGACCAAGUCAUGCUGGGAAUGACCCACAGGUCCUUAGCAUCAGUGCAAAGUUCCCAAAUCCAUCACAAAUCCUCGCUGGGAGGAGAUGGUGGACUCUAAAUUGGGCUGCUGGAGCCCACACUCCUAAAGCUGAGGUCAUGAACACUCUGCUCCACACCUGCUCAGGACCUACCUAUCCUUCCAAGCCUUUCCAAACCUUGUAAUAAAGAGGAAGCCUGGCCAGUUCCUCAGAGGUGAAGCACACUUGAUGGUAACAGCACAAGCUUCUCCAGUCCGGUCCCAUGGGAGAGGCGAACCAGUCGAGAGUCUCUGAGUUCCUCCUCCUGGGGCUCUCCAGGCAGCCCCAGCAGCAGCAGCUCCUCUUCCUGCUCUUCCUCACCAUGUACCUGGCCACAGUCCUGGGAAACCUGCUCAUCCUCCUGGCCAUCAGCGUGGACUCCCGCCUGCACAUCCCCAUGUACUUCUUCCUCUGCAACCUGGCCUUCGUGGACACCUGCUUCUCCUCCACCACUGUCCCCAAGGUGCUGGCCAACCACGUACUCGGGAGCCAGACCAUCUCUUUUUCUGGGUGUCUCACACAGAUGUACUUUAUUUUCAUGUUCAUGGACAUAGACAAUUUCCUCCUGGCUGUGAUGGCCUAUGACCGCUUUGUGGCUGUAUGCCACCCCUUACACUAUUCAGCAAAGAUGACCCACCAGCUCUGUGCCCUGCUGGUCACUGGGUCGUGGGUCACUGCCAGUCUGGAUAUGCUUUUGCACACCCUGCUGAUGGCACGACUCUCCUUCUGUGCAGACAAUGCCAUCCCCCACUUCUUCUGUGAUGUGACUCCCCUCCUCAAACUCUCCUGCUCUGACACACACCUCAAUGAGGUGAUGAUUCUGACUGAGGGUGCCCUGAUCAUGAUCACUCCGUUCGUUUGCAUCCUGGCUUCAUAUGUCCUUAUCACCUGUGCUGUCCUGAGGAUCCCAUCCGCAAAGGGGAGAUGGAAAGCCUUCUCCACCUGUGGCUCCCACCUGGCUGUGGUGUUCCUCUUCUAUAGCACCAUGAUAUUUCUGUAUUUCAACCCUUUGUCCUCCCACACAGCUGAGACAGAUGUAGCAGCUGCUGUGAUGUUCUCUGUGGUGACGCCCAUGCUGAACCCCUUCAUCUACAGCCUGAGAAACCAGGACAUAAAAAAGGCUCUUGGAAAAGUGGUUGCUAUUAAAUUUUUUUCUGUUUAGUAAUCAAAUGGACUAAGAAAAUCACAGAGGGAACUAAUUUCUAAGAAAAUUCUAUUUUUGUUUUUUUAUUAUGCAAAACUUAAAAUUUGUCUUUUAUUCUUGAUACUAGAACCCUAUAUCCUGAUCUUCCACUUAUAUUUUAUAACAGUCUUUCUAAAUUUCUGAAUAGUCUCCACAAAUUUUAUUUUCCUUUCCUUUUGUAUUUCCAUCAGGUUGCUCUAGCAAAAUAAACUCACUAAUCACCCUGUUACUGAAUUAAAACAUAAAGGAAGUUUUACUAUUUAAAAGUACAACUUUAUAUUUUGAAAAUGAUUGCAGAAAAUAAAACAUUGAGAAAUAGAUGAAACUGGUUAAAACAUCACUGAGAAGGAUGCUCUCGAUUGUGAGGGACAAAGACAAAAAAUAGGGCAGUUCCCCUUAAUUUCACAGAGCUAAGAUGAUAUCUUUUAUGAAAAUGGACAGAAUUUGAAUCCAAGGGAAUUUCUGUUUAUAAUAAUGAUUUUUGUAUAUUCUUUGUAAUUGUGUAUUGGUAUUUUUGCCUAAAGGGAUAAGUGGUAGCAUUUUCCAUUUUUAGUCUAUAUAUCCAAGAAUUAUUUGUAAUAAGAGGGACAAUACCUGUUCUUCCAAACUCUGAAAGAAAUCCCCAACCUUUGCUCCAUGUAUUUUUGUGCUCUACUAGAUACAGUCAUGUUUAUGUUUUAUGUAAGUUUGUUCUAUCCUUUUAUCAUUAUAAGAUAUCCCUUUUAUCUAGAGUAACAUUUUGUCUAAUAUUAUUGUAACCAUUCAGGUCUUCUGUGGUUUCUGUUUGCAUGACAUCUUUGCAACCUUCUUUCAAUUCAAUGUGUCUUUAAAUCCAGAGUGUGUACUCUGUAGACAACAUAUACUUUGAUCAUGUUUUUUAAUACAGUUUAAUGAUCUCUGACUUUUGGUUGAAUUUUUAACCCACUCACUUUUUUUUUAUGGCUGUACUGGGAAGCAUGUGGGAUCUGUUUCCUGACUAGGGAUUGAACCCGUGCCACGUGCGUUGGAAGCACAGUUUUAAUCACUUGACUGCCAGGCAAGUCCCCCAUUCACUUUUAACACUAAUAUCUACGAUUUAACUUUGUUUUCUUGUGCCUUUUUUGUCUUUCCUGCUCUCUUUUGCAUUUAUUCUGUAUUUUCUAAUGUAGCAUUUUAACAUCAGUAA